UUUGUAAUUUAACACUAUCCUGAGUGUAAGUCUGCAGUGAAUACUCUGUAUGUGAUGGUUGUGAUGCUAAACGUGAAAUCUUUUGCAUUGUUUCGGAAUUAGUGCGUUCGUUUUAGUUAAUAAAAAAUAUAUUAGUGUUUGCAAAGUGUCAAUAAACUUGGUUGGGUUCGGACUCGGAAGCACAUACCUACCGGGUGAAUAAUAUGAUCGUCCCUGGUAUAAAUAUUACGUAUCAGAAGCACAAAUCUACAUACAUUUGACUGUUUAACCGAAACACUGAAGAUGUUGGUCCAUGCGCAAAAAGAGUCAUCACCUCCAUCUAAUUUGUAUAACAAUAGCAAGGCGUCUCCUAAAAAUGGAAAUCUUCGCGGCGUUUUUAAAAAAUCUCACACGUGUGGCAGUUUGUUCGCAAAAUGCUCUUGCGGUGAGAAAUUCGACUGUAAAAGUGAUCACAAAAAUUUCUCUCAUUCCAAACCUAUUGGUAUCCAGAUAUCCUCGAAGUUAAGCCUGGACGAAACCUGUUUUCCGCGAGGGAAGAGAGCAUCUAAUCCAGAUUUACAUAGGUUUUCUAAAAGUCCAGAAGUGUGCCUUUGCCCCAAGUUACCCAAAGGCACCAAUGUUGUGAAAGCCAACGUAUACCUACCUCACCCAGAAAUCAACUUCCCGAUUCCAGUGGAAAUACCAGCUGAAAACUGUGAUAAAUGCGGACUGAACCAAAAAAACACGCCUCCUCCUAACCUUCAUCCCGAAAUCAAAAACAAAUUAGACUACCACAAAUACACUGCCCUAGCAUACGAAGGGCAAUCGAUUCAAAACAACGACGAAGCCCAGAAGUUCCUCCAAGGCUUCGGGAUACUCACACCCAUGGGUAACGGGAUAGCGUCCAGUUUAAGGAAGAGCUCGAUAGACGGAGAAGUUAUCCAGACCAUCAAAAGGAGUUCCAAAAAUUUAGAGUUAAAGAGAAAGAGUUUGAUCGAUACGGAAGACUAUGACUACCUGAAAUCGUUGGUGGCAAAGCUGAAGUAUGAAGUGUGUGAGAUCGAGGGAAAGUAUGAAUCUGUACAGUCCGAAUUAUUCGAUGUGAAAAAGUUGCUAGGAUGUAAAGAGUCUCAAGUACUGAAACUGCAAAGGGAGAUCCACAAACUUAAGAGUGUUCUACAACAAACCAACACCAGCAGUAGAGAUGGAGAAUUACUUGCCAAUAUCCAAAAGCAGCAUUCUAUGGCUAACGGCGUUCCCCAAAACUUACUCACUCUUAAUAGUAGCAACCAUUCCAAGAAACAAGGAGUUUCAGCUGAAUCUAGUGAAGCAACCGGAGAAGCCGUCAACAUAUCCAUCACCAAAUUUGACAAAGAUUUCAGAUCCAAACAGCUGAUCAAAGGAGCCAUUAUGGACAACAGUUUCUUAAAGCAUCUAGACACAUCACAGGUGCGGGAGAUGGUAGAUGCUAUGUAUGUGAAAGAAUUCUCAGCAGGCUCAUUGGUUGUGAAAGAAGGCGAGACGGGAGUGCAUUUAUUUGUGUCUGGAGAAGGUGACUUUGAAAUCAUUAAAGAUGGUAACGUUCUGGGCCUCAUGGGACCAGGAAAGGCAUUUGGAGAGCUCGCAAUUUUAUAUAACUGUACAAGGACGGCGUCAAUACGAGCCGUUACUGAUGUGAAAGUAUGGAUAUUAGACCGGAAAGUCUUUCAACAGAUCAUGAUGAGGACUGGUUUGCAGAGACUACAAGAUAAUCUCAACUUUUUAAAGUCUGUUCCGCUUCUGCAGAAUCUCAACAACGACGUGUUGGCUAAAAUAGCAGACGCAUUAGAAGUGGAAUUUUAUCCAGCUGGAGCGUAUAUAAUUCGGCAAGGAGCAAGUGGAGAUAUAUUUUUUAUUAUCAGUAGCGGAUCUGUUAAAGUUACUCAAAGGCUACCAGGGCAGCUUGAAGAAGACGAAAUCCGAAUACUGCAAAGAGGAGACUACUUUGGAGAACAGGCUUUGUUGAAAGAAGAUUGUCGCACAGCCUCGGUGAUUGCUAUGCAUCCCGGUGUCGAAUGUCUAACUUUAGAUAGAGAAUCAUUCAAGCAGCUAAUAGGAGAUAUAAGUGAAAUAAGAGAAAAAGACUAUGGGGAUGUAGAAAGACUGAACAAAACAUCAUCUUCUUUAGAACAACAAGAAUAUGAAUACAUUAAACUGAAUGAUUUAGAAGUCAUAGCUACAUUGGGAAUAGGAGGAUUUGGUAGGGUGGAGCUGGUCCAAUAUGUAACAAACCCAUCCCUCACCUUUGCCUUAAAGUGUUUGAAAAAACAACAUAUAGUAGAUACCCAACAACAAGAACAUGUUCAGAGUGAAAGAAGUAUAAUGAUGAGUUGUAGAAGCCCCUUUAUCUGCCGGUUAUACCGAAGCUUUAGGGACCAAAAAUACAUCUACAUGCUAUUGGAAGCAUGUUUAGGAGGCGAAGUAUGGACGAUCCUUAGAGAUCGAGGUUGUUUCGACGACCACACCACUAGAUUCAUCACAGCCUGUGUCAUAGAAGCCUUUGAAUAUCUCCACGCUAGAGGAAUCAUCUAUAGAGAUCUAAAACCUGAAAACCUGCUGUUAGAUUCAAAGGGCUAUGUGAAAUUGGUCGAUUUUGGCUUUUCUAAACGAUUAGGUUAUAGCAGUAAAACAUGGACGUUCUGUGGCACUCCUGAGUACGUGGCUCCAGAAGUUAUUCUUAACAAAGGACAUGAUAAAGCGGUAGAUUUCUGGGCUCUUGGAAUUCUUAUGCAUGAACUUCUAACUGGAAAUCCACCGUUUAGAGCUUCCGAUCCAAUGAAUACCUACAACUUAAUAUUAAAAGGAAUAGACAUGAUUGACUUUGCAAGGCACAAUGUAGGAAGAACCGCCCAAGGCUUGAUAAAGAAAUUGUGUAAGGACAUUCCGUCCGAGAGGUUAGGAUGUCAACGAGGAGGAAUUGUGGAUAUUAAGAAACAUAAGUGGUUCCAAGGUUUUGACUGGGACGGUUUGGUCGCCCAAACUUUACCAGCUCCUAUUCAACAAAAUGUCAGAAGUCCUUGCGAUAGCUCAAACUUCGACGACUUUCCUAAAGAUGGCGACAUUCCUCCUGACGAAUUAUCGAACUGGGAUAUUAAUUUUUAAGAAAUAGGUUAAGUUUUACUUAAACGUAAGUCAAAUGGAACCAAAGUCUUUAAAAUGGUUGUAAAAGAGAGAUCCUCGAAUAAAAAGAAGAUAAGAAGAAGAUGAAGAGAAACGAUAAAGUACAAAGCUUUAUAUUUUAAAUGGAACUCAAUUCUUAGAUUUGAAAUUACGUUGUCACUAUGCCUAAACUACUAAACGGUUUGUAUAGCAUCAGUGGCGUAGCGUAGUGGGGGCGGCAGGGGCGGCCCGCCCCGGGCGGCACAUUUUUUGGGGGCGGCAAAAUUUAACAAUAAAUAAUAAAAAUAUUUUGUAAAUAUUUGAACCAUUUUAUAUUUUUAUCAUUAUUUUUUUCAUUAUUUAUUUUGUGACGAAUUCGGGGAAUUCCUUUUCUUUGAAUCUUAUUUUGUAGCGACUGGCAACAACGUCAGAUUUGUGGGAAUUCCCCGUUUAUGACUAACAAUCAGCACAACUUUUUUCGGCACUUUAGAACGUUAAUAUUCUUUUUUUUUUCCUCAUCGAUACAUCGUUGGGAAGUUCUGAUAGCAAGUACAGGCAAAUGAAGGAUUCAAGACACGCAAAAGAAGGAUGCACGAGGCGAUGCCGUAAAUGUGACAUGGCAUCUUUACAAAGACAUUCUCGUCACUUUAGAAAAACUGACAGAGACAGGUGCAAGCCUAAACACUAGGACAGAUGGAGGUGCUUUACUAGUUUCGAUGCAGUCAUUUUCCUUUCUUUGUUUUUUGGGUCUGUGGCAACCGGUGCUACAAGUAAAUGAUGCACAAAAAUAUUUACAAACAAGGGGACUUGGCAUAAGAGUGUGAACUCAGAAAGUAAAUGAUUUGCAAAUCAUAUUGACAGAGAAAAGAGAGGAAUGGACAAAUGGCACUGUAGGUUAUGCAAAAAUAUGUGUGAAGAACUUGGAAUUUCCAUAAAACCUCGGAGGCGCAUAACAAGAAAGCAUAUUUUUGAUGACAGAACUAGAGGUGCUAACUUGUCUUGUUAAAAUGAGUUGAGGCGAAAGCUGUUUUCUUCGUUAGAUAGAGUUAUUAUAGAAAUUCGUGAGCGUUUUCAACAGCUACAGAAUUUAACGGAUAAGUUUGUUUAUCUAACGUCGGCUAUAUUAUUAGAUCCAGAAAACACUGAAUGUAGAAAUAUAGACUACGCAUCUGACGAAAUGGACGAGUAGGGUUUCAAGCUAUAAAAACUUCGACUGCGGACUUUCGUUGUUGCUACAGGCAACGAAAUUGAUUAAUGCAGACUCACUUGAAUUAUUUAAAUUUAUUGUUAAAUCCAAGCUGAAAGUUACUCUGCCCAAUAUUUUAAUAAUAUUCCGAAUAUUUUUCACAGUUGCUAUAAGCAAUGCCAGCUGUAAGAGGGGUUUUCAAAAUUGAAAUUGAUCAAAAAUUAAAAAAAAAUUAGUAAAUCCUUUAUAAAAGGUAUAUAUUUAAAAUUUCUAAAAAGGGCUACAUCACAAUCACAUAACUAGUUUUCGACUGGUUUACCAGUCAUUAUCAGUGCUUAUGUGAAGUUUACAUGCUAACCACCAAGAUAUAGUUUUACAAAAAUAUGUGGGUCAAAGCCCUGUAUAAGUGGUCCGUUAAGGAAACAUCAGUUAAAUAUGCCAAUUAAAGCAUGGAUGUUUAAACUAUUUUAAUAUUAUGCCCCAGGUAACAUCUGAGCUGUGGUGUGACUGGAUUACAUGGUGAAAAUCUGGUAGCAAAUGACGAACAUCCAUGCUUUAAUUGGCAUAUUUAACUCAUGUUUCCUUAACGGACCACUUAUACAGGGCUUUGACCCACAUAUUUUUGUAAAACUAUAUCUUGGUGGUUAGCAUGUAAACUUCACAUAAGCACUGAUGAUGACUGGUAAACCAGUCGAAAACUAGUUAUGUGAUUGUGAUGUGGCCCUUUUUAGUGAUUUUAAAUAUAUACCUUUUAUAAAGGAUUUACUAAUUUUUUGUAUUACAUGGUAUACAGCCAACUACAGGAAAACUUUUUCCUUGUGGAUUUUUGAUAAAAAAUUAUCUUAGAUCGACAAUGAGUACUAUAAGACUAGCUAAUUUGGCUAUUUUGUCUAUUGAGCAAGAGGUGUGUGAUGCGAUAGACAUUGAGGGUGCAAUAAAAGACAUUUGCUCUUAAAAAAAGUAGACGUAUAAAUUUUUAAUCGAAGACGGAAGUUUUGUUUUUAAUUCUAACAAAUACUCAUAUUACUUUUCAAUAAAGAUAAAAAUAUAACAUUAUAGUAUCGUUCCAGUUCUAAUUAAAAAUUGAUUUCAUUUAAUUUUGUCGAUCGUCAAGGUGUACCUAAUCUUAAGUGAUAGGUACCUAAGUUAUAUCAAUCUAUCUAAUUGGUUAAAGUAAAAGAAUUUCUGUAUUAAUAAACGUAGUAUUGUCAAACUUAGAUAAACUUUUUUAUUUAAAAUCCAACCUGUAUAAUGCAAAAUAAUGAUGACUGUUCUCGCCAAAAGGUUCUUUAUAAUUAAUGUAUGUAAUGUAUACUGUACAAUAAAUUAAAAUACCUAAAUAAGAGAGCGGCAAAAUUGUCUUCCGCCCCGGGCGGCCGACACUCACGCUACGCCACUGUAUAGCAUUGAUAUUCAUAUAGAGUUAACUCAACUUAAGAACUAUUCCAAAUGGUACCUAUAGUAACAAGAAGUAAUUCUUUUUAACUUUGUUAUAGUUUUCACUCCCUUAUUCUUUUAGUACUAUCAGACUAGCACAUAAUCUUGCAGAUUUUUGUCAAAACAGUGAAACAAACAGUAAAGAAUGCUCGAAAGUUUAAUUUUCAUGUACUCGUGCUUUGUGAACUACACCAAAAAUAUUGGCUGCAAAUUGGAAUAAAGUGUUAUGAUUCUUUAAGCUAGGGUUUAUGUAUAAUUAAUUCAGAAUAUGUAAUUCUCAAAUUUAAGAACUAAGUAUUUACUAAUAUAUUUUUUAAUUUACGAACUCCUUGGUACCAAACUGUCUGUGAAUUUUACAUACCAAAUAACGAAGAUGAUCAGGCUCUUUGUGUUGUAUAAUAAAAUGUAUAUUUUUAUAUUCAUUAAUUUAAAAAUCUAUAAAAAGCCGAUUAUCUGAUCAAAGUGAAUAAUAUAACAAUUUUUUAUGCGAAUCGGGAAACAUUUUGUAGAAAAAAACCAUAGUAUAUAUUUAUAAUUUAUUUGUUAGAAGAGAUAUUUUAAGAUGCAUUUCUGCAAGCAGUUUCCUGAUUAAAAAACUUCCCGAAUAUGAUUAUUGUAAAUCUAGCUUAGUGGCAUUAUUUUUAUAAAAUUAUUUAUAAAAUUUUAUGAAUUAUGA